AUGAGUAUCUUAAACGUCUCUGAUAAAGUAGAAUUUGAUAAUUCACUUGUACGGAUUCAGUAUCAUAAUCAUUUACCAUAUUCAUCAAAUUCUUUUAACAAUAGCGGUGAAAUUCGUAUUGCAAUUCAACAACAGGACGUUUACACGUUACUAAGUCAAUCUUUUAUUUACGUACAAGGGAAACUAUUGAAAGAUGACGGAACCGUUGAUAAAGAUUCAAAAUUGUCAGCAAAUCCGAUCGCUCAUAUGUUUAGUGAAGUACGAUUUGAAUGUGGAGGGAACGUAAUUGACAGAGUAAGAAAUCCAGGAAUAGCUAGCACAUUAAAAAAUCUUUGCUCAUUAACAAGAUCGGAAUACUAUCAUGCCUCUAACGCAGGUUUCGAAUAUCCAAAUGUUAAAGUAAAUGAAAAUACAGGAGAUUUUGAUUUUUGUGUUGUGAAAUAUUUUCUUGGGUUCGCAGAAGAUUAUAAUAAAAUUUUGAUAAAUGUCCGUCAAGAAUUAGUUUUGGUACGCAUAUGGAAAGUCCCUCAUGUUUCUGUAGCCGAUGUUGAACGUUUAAAACUUUUAGAGUACAUUGAACAAGGAAUUAAAUUAGACAUGGGAUUUAGAUCAUUUGAUUUACAUGAAUACCUAUCAUUACCAAAAAGUAGACAACACACAUGGACAAUUAAAACAUCUACUCAAUUACAAAAGCCCAGAUACUUUAUAUUAGGGUUUCAAAUCAAUAGAAAAGAUAAUCCGUUACGUUCUGCAUCACAAUUUGACCACUGUAAUUUAACAGAUAUGAAAGUGUUUUUAAAUAGCGAGAAAUAUCUCUAUGAAGCUUUAAAUUUAAAUUUUAAGACAGAACCAAUGUUUAACAGAGAUACAUUUUUAGCACAUACACCGCUUAUUGUAAUUGAUUGUUCACGGCAAAAUGAUAUUUUAAAUGUUGAAACCGUUGAUAUUGGCAUUGAAUUUGAAACGAGUGAAGAGAUACCUAAUGCUACUUUCGUCUACUGUUUAAUCUUACAUGAUCGUGUUUUCAAAUAUGUUCCUUUAACUAGUAUGAUUAAUCAAAUAUAG